GCAUCAUGAUAUCAACGGGGCUAGUUUUGUUCCUUUUCGGAAUAGCAGUUUCUGCUGGACCUUACAUACCCCGUGCGAAACCACCAACAGAAAUUGUCAUAACCAAGCACUCGUCACAUGACAAGGUUACAGAAUACGAGCAUUUACCUUCGUCGGGAGGAUCUCCAGUUAUUUCAAACUUCAUCCAAAAAGGUACCAAUGUUUUCUUCAAGCCACAAUUUAUGUUGGCUGCUGCACAAAUGCCACCUCAAGUUCAAUCAAUGAUUGCUGAAAUUGAACAAGAUGACUGUAAAACAAGGUUACCCAUGGGACCCAUUCCCAUGUUGAUGGAAGAACCACUGCAAGUUGUAGAGCAAGAAAUUGUGGCAUCAUCAAAACCAAUCAUCAAAGAAACAAUUGAAAUUAAUCCAGUAGCAUAUACUCAACAUGUUGUACAACCGACUUUGGAACUGAAACCAUUUGUGCCAUCAGUGUCAGAAGGACAUGUUAUGGAAUUGCACAGAAUGCACAAAAUACCCGUGGUAGUUGAAGAAUCAAUCAAACUAGAAGAACCUUGUCUUCAUGAAGAAGAAGAACAUGUAGUGAUUCCUGAGGCACCUGUAUUAACGCCUUACGUUCCUCAUCUCGAAAUUCCGAAACCUGUUAUUAUAGAGGCCCCUGAAACUGUUGCUGUGGUUGAAGUUCCUCCUGCACCAGUAUUACCUCCACUAGAGUUACCCAUGAUUCCGAGAGAAGAAGUUGCUGAAAUUAUUGUGAAGGAGAAGGUUCCUGAAGUAGUCGUGCCAUCUUUUAUUCCUGAAAGUUAUGUCCGAGAAGUAGUAGUCACACCUCCAGAAGCCCCAGUACUACCUCCGUAUAUUCAAGUGGAAGUGCCUAAACCUGUGAUUGAAGGAAACUUUAUUGAGACCAUUGAAAUUCCAGCUGCCCCAGUACUGUCUGAAUUUGAAAUGCCAAAAUUACCAGUAUUAGUAGAAGAACACAGUGUAGUGCCUUGUCUGCAUGGAGAAGAACAUCAUGAAAUAGAAAUUAAGACCGUUGAAGUUCCCACUGCACCAGUUUUGCCUCCUUAUGUUCCAGAUCUCCCGGAAAUAGUGGUAGAAGAAAAACCCUUAGUCGUGCCUGAGGCCCCUGUACUGCCGCCAUACGUUCCGGUGUCAAAACCAAUUAGCGUAGUAGUUGAAAAAGAAAUGUUUGAAGCCACUCCAGUACUACCUGCAUUUGAAAUGCCAGGAUUAACUGUGGAGAUCGAAAAAACAGACGUUAUUCCCUGCCCACCAAAUGAAGAACAGAACGAAGUCAUUGUGGUUGAAGAAAAACAUGUAUACAUUCCCGAAGCUCCAGUUUUACCCCCUCUUUCACUUCCUGAACUUCCAGUUAAUGUUGAAAUUCAUGAGAAUGUGCAUUGUGAUGAUACCGUUGAAGUGGUAGAACCUGUUCUAAUUCCAUCUGCUCCAGUUCUCCCACCGUUGGAAAUCCCCAAAGUGCCUAUGGUAAUAGAAGAGGCUCAUGAAAUUGUUGCUCCUUGUCCUCCUGAACUUGAAAUGGAAAAAGUCGUCAUAGAAUCCAAACCGCAAAUUGCCAGACCGGUUGCUUAUAUGUCCCAGGAAAUAUUAACAGACGCUUACGUACGUACUCCGAUUGUUAUGUCAUCUGCCCCUGAAUUUUUAGUCCCGUAUUUCCCGGUCGUAACUGAAAAUGUUUUGAAAGAGGAUCCGACAUCGUGCGUUCAUGAUAUUGUUGUAGAACGUAUUUUACCUAGGCUAGAAAAAUCUAUACAAAUCAAAGAUAAACGCCCGGUCUCUGCAUAUUUAUCUCCCGUAAGAUAUGCUAUGUUUUGAUAUGGAGUAGAUAGCUAGGUCUUAAAAAAUUGGUAGUAACUGAAUUGAAGUAGAUAUGCGGCUAGUUUUAGUUCGAACAAGCACUUGAUAGCUGUUUGAAAUAAUUCUUAAGCAUAUUCCAUGCUUUACCCGAGGGGCAGGUGGUGAUAAUAAAUUAUAUU